ACCUGUUGGUAAGAACAGUAAACGUGUUAGCAAUUCUAAAUGCUGAUUGUCACUGAAUCUGGUGUGUUUAGGCAUGCUAACCUGCCACGAUGAAGUAUAAUCUGUUAAUUUGCCUUUCAGAUUCAAACCCUAUCGUCUCAUCAUUAAGCAAGAUGGAGUGCAGAGGCAGUGUUAGACCUUUUGUUCAUUUCAACGCCAAACAUGAUGCUGAACUUCUCCAUAAGGCCAUGAAAGGAAUUGGUACAGAUGAAGAUGCCAUUCUCAUGGUCCUGACUUCCCGCAGCAAUGAUCAACGUCAGGAGAUCAAAGCAGCUUAUAAAAAAGCCUAUGGGAAGGACUUAGUCAGUGCCCUGAAAUCUGAGCUCGGUGGGCUGUUUGAGAACCUGAUUGUGGCAUUGAUGACGCCUCCGGUCUUAUAUGAUGCAACUCUGCUACACAAGGCUCUGAAGGGUGCAGGGACUGAUGAUCAAGUACUGAUUGAGAUCUUGGCCUCCAGGACUGGUGAAGAGAUUAAAGAAAUCAUCAAAGUCUACAAGAAAGAGUUUGGUGGCAAACUGGAGAAGGAUAUCAGCAGUGACACUGGAGGGAGCUACGGUAGACUGUUGGUGAUCCUGCUGCAGGGGAGCAGGGAGGAGGGAGUUGAAGAGGACAAAAUCGAAAAUGACGCCCAGGACCUGUAUGCUGCCGGUGAGGGCAAGUUUGGCACAGACGAGGAAAAAUUCAUCACGAUUCUUGGCAACAGGAGCUCAGAGCAUCUCCAGAAAGUGUUUGAUGCGUACAAGAAACUGUCUGGCUCUGACAUAGAGGACAGCAUUAAAGGCGAGACCACCAGGAAUCUGGAAGACUUACUGCUGGCUGUUGUGAAAUGUGCCAGAAAUGUCCCAGGCUUUUUUGCUGAAGGCCUCCAUAAAUCCAUGAGGCGAGCUGGAACUGAUGAUGACUCCCUGAUGAGGAUAAUGGUGUCGAGGAGUGAGGUGGACAUGUUGGACAUCAGAGCAAACUUCAAGAAGAUGUAUGGACAAUCUCUUUACACUACCAUCCAGGAGGACACAGCAGGAGACUACCAGAAAGCCUUGCUGUACCUCUGUGGUGGGAAGGAUUAAUCAUGUUUGAGUGAUGAGCCACUGUGACACAGUUCUACUCACAAAGAAUAAGAUAUUGAUCCAUGUUCCUCUUCCUUUCUGACUUUACUGUUGAUUUGAUUAAUGGAAAUCACACCCACAUAUCUGCACCAUGAAUGCCACUUACAGUUAACUUCAUGUAUUCAUUAAACAGCAGCCCUUUUUCAGUGGUCAGUGGAGAAGCAGGCUUGAUUUUAAAAUAGAAAAACGCAUUGUGUACUAAAUGAUAAGGGGUACUACGUUGCUGCUUCUAGUCAGGUUCACAAUGAUGGCAAUUGGUUACCUCAUUCGUGCUCUUUGUAAGUGUUAAAUCAGCUCACAGAAUACAAUACUGCUGAUCAAUUAUUUAGGCAACAUGUCCACUGCACUGAUGCUGUCAUUAAUAACAAAUGAGAUGCUGAUCCUGAGUAGAAAUCCAAACCUGCUGUCAGUAAUUAAUAAGUAAUAGAAGUUCAUUAUACAUUUGUUGGCUUAAAUUAGGAGCUUUUCAUGAAGGACACAUGUGUUAAUCCACAGAAGAUGACAAAUGGUCCAGGUUGUGGAAGUUGGACCACAGGGUGGCAGCAAAGUUUAGAAUCCGCCCCAGAUUUCACCAUAGUGAACUAAAGGAACCAACGUUGAUAUAAAACAAAUAGGUCUUUAGAGUUUAUUUUUAACUUUAUAUAUUCAUUGAAAGGUCCUAAAACUAAAGUUCUUAAAGUUGAACAUGUCUCAUUUUUCUUAAACUGUAAUAGAUUUUAUUGGUUUAUCUCACAUUUCCAGAUGCUGGAUUUAUAAGCUUUUUACUGUCUCUGAAUGUGUUACUGUGUUGUUUGCAUAUUUCUUCAUAUGUUACAUUAAUUCUCUAGUCUCAUAUGUAAAGUCUUUGUGAAAAGCUCAAUAAAUUGUGAGAAAUCCCUCUUA